AUGAGGCAUGACAACAGCACUGAGUCCCAAAGAGUAACUGCGAUCAGAGGCCUCAUUCUCUACCUUGGUGAAAAGACAGAGGAGUUAAUCAAGGACUACCAGGCGCGCGACGACCGGCGAAGACCGCAGCGACCACAGCAGGUCUGGCCAGUGCCUUACAAGCGACUUGACCGCCGUCCAGAUGUUGAUCCCUACUGCCAGGCUUUAUUCCCGUUCUGCCCGAGCGGAGAUCCAGACGGCCGGAUGCCCGUCAUGAGAGACUCCGACCUCGUCUCGGUCUUCAGGCUGCAGACUCCGGUGUGGGAGUUCAGAUACGGAGACGUCUUGGGAAAGUUUCACAUCAUGCAUGAUGCCAUUGGCUUUGGAAGCGCAAAAACGGGGAGAAACUUCACCAUGGAGUGGUACGAGCUGUUUCAGCUGGGAAACUGCACUUUUCCUCACGAGAGAGCGGGCGUGAGCGCGCCCUUCUGGUGCAAUCAGGGAGCCGCGUGCUUCUAUGACGAGAUCGAUGACGUUCACUGGAAGCAGAACGGCUCUCUGGAGAAGAUAGGAGAGAUUUCGGGUGAGAUGUUCAAUGAGAUGGCUCGUUGGGUUCAGGAGGACAACGAAACGGGUGUUUAUUACGAGACUUGGACAGUAAAGUCAGAUGCUGGUGCGAACGCCACAACGUGGUUUGAGUCGUAUGAUUGUUCUCAGUUUGUGCACCGCACAUAUAAGAAAUUACUGGAUAUGGGUGCCGACCUGUCCAGCCAAACUCCCACAUCUUACACCAAGAUCUAUCUGUACAGCGGAGAGCCGCUGCAUUUGGGAGACGACUCCAUCUUUCAACAGUCUUCCACGCGAGAUCUCGCCACAGACAUCAAGAAGUUCUACCACUCGUUCCGCUCUCACCAGUCAGUCGUAGAAGUGAUUGAGAGUCUGCUGGAGGCUUUGGAAAAGAUGGUCCUAGAGAAGACCUUCUAUUUCUACUACAACUCUGAAUAUUGGAAGCUGCCGAUGAAAUAUCCUUACAUUAAAAUAAACUACGAGGAGAUUCCUUUGCCAUAACCACCAUAUUCUUUAUUCUUCAACAAUAUUAAAAAAACAUCAAAUUGAUUUUGCUACUAAAUAAAAUUGCAUUUUAAAUUUUCUAUUUCCAUUCCAGAUGAUGUCUGAUUUAUCAGAUGUGUUAACUUACACUAACGCAAACAAUUUUUAACAUUUUGUUGUUGUACAGCACAUUUAUGAAUAAAUGAUCUGUAAAACACCCACACAAUUUUUCACACUGUUUAUUCACCCUUAUUUCAAUAAAAGACAAUGUUGAUGUUUUUACAACGCAAAAGAAAUGUGAUGCUUUCAUAUUCGCAAUACAAGCAAUAUGCUCACUUGCUUCAGAAACAUUGCUAUUUGUACAUUUUUCUAAGCUCUGGUUUACACCGAGUUGAUGUAACGCUCAGCUUGCACUUCCAAAAAGUCAGUCUAACAACGUUUUUGUGUGUUUCAAAUUGGCAAGCUAUGCGCCGACUAAAGCCUAGCGCGUGCCUUUUUAUUAUUUGUAUGUGAACUACUGGGUUGUGGCUUCUCUUUAUGAUCAUUUUCGAGAAUAUUUCACUUUCAAAUGCUGGCAGGUACCUUAGUUUACUUAAUUUAGUUGCUACAAAAAUGUGCAAAAGCUAAAACAGCUUUAAUUCUGGAUAAUGGG